AUAGAUAGAAGGCACCAACACCAACUCCUCCUCCUCCUUCCCCUUCUCCUUUCAAAGUACUUGAUACUUGGAUUAAAAGAGAGGUAAAUCUAGAGAGAGAGUGAGUGAGUGAUGCAUAGAAAGAAGAGAGAAAGAGACACAGAGAGAGAGAUUGUGUGUGUGUGUGUGUGUGAGCCUUGCCAUGACUUUUUGAAGGUGUGUUGUAUCUUUGUGUGUGUGUGUGCGCGUGUUUCUGUGUGAUGGAGAUAUAAAGAAUUAACAAGAGAGGAGAGAGAGAAAGAGAGGAGACCAUUAGAUAAGAGCAAAAAGAGUGAAAAGCAGGGAUUUUGGGAUUUUGUUAGUAGUAAAGUUUUGAUCUUGGUUGUCUUUGUUGCCGAGAGAGAGAGAGAGAGAGAGAGAGAGAGAGUUGGAUAAGAGGAAAACGAGUGAAAAGAAGGGAUUUUGGGACUAUAUUUGAAGGAAAAAUUUGAUCUUGGUUGGAGAGAGAGAGAGAGAGAGAGAGAGAAAAGAAGGGAUUUGGGAGGGAUUGGAGGAAGAAAAGGUUGAAACUUAGAUUGUAAUUGAUGCUUUGUGGGUGGUGGUGGAGAGUGUGUGGUGGCUGAGUAUUUUAUUAGUGUUUGUGAAAAGAGCUCUUGGGUUGGGGGUUUUCUUAAUUCUCUUGGGAUUGUGGUUUGUCCCCGUUCUGGGAGGGAUAUCUCUCUCUCAGAGGAUCAGCUGUGAAUUCUUGCUUUCCUGCUCCCCACAAGGUGCACAGCAACCUCAGCAGGGCUUGGGGUCUCUCCUACAGAUUAAACCCAAAGAAAUCUCUGAUGUGCAUCACCAGCUACAAUUUGUCCAUUCAUUGAGCUAAAUCACUUUUUCUGCAAAUGAUCUCUCAUGCUUGGAUUUUCUCUGAAUCUUCAUGACAAGCACCAGCACCAAACUCCACUUGUUGUUGUGAAGCUCUUGAAACUGUCUGAAUAAAAGCAGAGAUAAAUGGCUACUUUCUACUCUAGCUCUAAUGAACAAAGAGACAUUAUGCGGACUCUUUAUCUCAGAGAACCGGGACAUGCGUCUUAUGCGGAGCCGUCCGUUAAUGGAAACAUGGUUUAUUUGAACUAUCCAUCUUCAGGCCCGUAUUCAGAAAUGUUGGCAGGCAACAACAGUCAGCCCCAACCGACAUGUGUUGAGCUCCCUGUUUCGAAUGCUGCGUAUUCACAAAACUCAUCCACUGGGGGACUCGGUUUGUCUUCUCCACGUAUUGUUGAAAAUACUUACAAUGCAUGGAGGGAGGGGAAAAAUGAGAUGUUCAUGCAAGUCAUUGGUUCGUCCAUGAAUGGUCCAGAAGGCCUUGUUCGUAGUUCUGUUACUGCUGAUAUUCAGAUGGGACUGCAAACACAGUUGGGCAUGUUAAGUGUUCCGGCUGCUCAAGGCCAGGGCUUAUCUCUGAGCCUUGGGACACAAAUCCCAGUUCCUUCCUUCCAGUAUCAGUCCGCUAGCUCGGACAUCUCUGUCUUGAAUUCUCAACAAUCGCCUUCGGUAAAUGGUGCGACAUGUAAAGAUGAUAACUCCAGGAACAAAAACAUCCACCCGAGUCCCACUGGUUAUGGAAUUUCCAGUCUGGCAAGCACGGUACCGAAUUCUAAGUAUCUCAAGGCUGCACAGCAAUUGCUUGAUGAAGUUGUUAACGUACGUAAAGCUUUGAAGAACAAAGAUGACAAAAGCCAAGGUAUGAAUACUUCUGCUGGCAACUCAGGCGGCAAAGAAAAUGACGGGGGAUCAAAGAGUGACGGGACACCUAAUAACAACAAUCAAGAAUCCACGGCCAAUUCGGCUCCUGAGCUCUCCCCUUCUGAGAGGCAGGAACUUCAGAACAAGAUAACAAAGCUUUUGGCUAUGUUGGAUGAGGUUGACAGAAGAUACAAACAGUAUUAUCACCACAUGCAGAUCGUAGUUUCAUCUUUUGAUGUAAUUGCCGGCACUGGAGCGGCUAAGCCUUACACUGCACUUGCACUUCAAACCAUUUCUCGGCACUUCCGCUGCUUGAGAGAUGCAAUUAGUGGCCAGAUUCGGUUGACUCGGAAGAGCCUCGGGGAGGAAGAGAAUUCAGGUGGCAAAGGAGGUGGAAUUCCUCGCCUUCGUUAUAUUGACCAACAAUUAAGGCAACAGAGGGCGAUGCAGCAGCUUGGUAUGAUGCAACCUCACGCCUGGAGGCCUCAGCGUGGUUUACCGGAGACCUCUGUUUCAGUACUUCGUGCUUGGCUUUUCGAGCAUUUCCUCCAUCCUUACCCAAAUGACUCGGACAAGCUGAUGCUUGCAAGACAGACAGGCUUAACAAGGAGUCAGGUUUCAAACUGGUUUAUAAACGCACGGGUUCGACUUUGGAAGCCUAUGAUUGAGGAAAUGUACAAGGAGGAAACUGGGGAUGCAGAGAUGGACUCAAAUUCUUCAUCGGAAAAUGCUUCUAAAGGUCGAAAUGAUGCGAGGUCCCCGGAGAAUAGGGAAGAUCUCCAAAGUUCAACAGCUGAAAGAUGUCAGACGCUCCCAGACACCGAUAUCAACAGGGCAGCAGCUGGAUUUCAGAACAAGGCCAAUGCUGAAGAGGCUUAUGUGAAUUUCAAGCUACAUGAGCAAAGACCAAGUGGCGGGGAUUUCGGCCUCCUCCAAGACGCAUUCGGCCACUCUGAUGCAAGUGCAAGGUUUAUGUCUUAUCAAAUGGGCGAUCUCGGUCGAUAUGGGAAUAAUGGUGUGUCUCUCACUUUAGGUUUGCACCAUUGCAAUGUCGGUCUUGGACAGAACAACCAGGAUAGCUACCUUGCAGUGCGAGGAGAUGACAUGUACACAACAGCCCCUCUGAGUUCUGACGCUGCAGAUUAUGAUUGUAUCAACUUGAUGGAUCGACGGCAGGCAUUCGGACCAGCAUCACACAACCUUCAUGAUUUUGUAGCUUGAAAUUCUGUUUGCGCUGUGUUUGUGAAAAUAAAAUGGUCUUAUUUUCCUUGCUUUACUGGUUCCGCUUGCAAUUGUUAAACAAACAAUAGCAUGAUACACAUUGUAAUAUACAAGAGUUGUUGGUAUAUAUAUAUAUAUAAUAGGUCAGCAGCUUGUUGUAAAGAUCUGAUACUUUUGUGCAAUAUUUUGAAGACAAAAAAUAUGUAGAUGAAUGAAAUGGUGAUUCUGAGUUUGUGAUAAA